AACAACAUCAAAGUUUAAACGUUUCGUACAGUCAACUGUACGAACUUCGCAGACAAAAGACAAAUCAGAACAUCGCUGGAGCCGCUUCUUCUGACCGUUCAGCUAAUAUAAAGAACUCUUCAUUAUUGGUUUCUUUGUUACGUGAUGGAAUUUUGCCAGACAUAAAUCAGGCUUUAGGCCGUCAGACCCAGGCCAGCAUAACCAACAAAAACACCACACCCUUCCAGCAGGUUGUAUCAGUUGAGCGGCAACAAUGCAGUGUUUCGUCAUACUCCCAGCGCAGUGGUCCUCAGCAGGGAUACUAUCAGAGUUCAAACGAAGGAAUGGCGAGAGCGACGUCUGCAUCCCCAGCAGCAGCCGCCUUAGCUCCGCAUCAACAGUACUUGAAUGCGAGUACAUUCCCAUCGAGUGCCUGCAUGCAGAAUUACAGCCCAAACAGCACACAGGGAUACUCUACAAGCUACCUAGCAAAUGUUGUGAGACCCAGCCAUCAAUCGGUUGCAAACCUUGCUGUGACCCAGUCAUCAGUAAAUACACAAUCCAUGUAUAUUUCCACAACAAAUCAGCAAAAUGGUCAUUUAAGUGCAAGGCAAGUUAAUUCGAAAAAUGUCUACAAUGGUCUCAAUUAUGAUCCCCCUCAGUACAGCAUCAGCCAUUCGUCCAAUUUGCCAAGAAUGUCCAAUCAGAUUGUUCUAUCUUCAGCUCCAGUUUUGAAUAAAAGCUAUAAUGGGAAUAGCACCCAACCUCCACCUUACUCCCCUAAACCGCCUCAAAGUUGUAGUCCUGGGACUGUGUUGUCUUUGCCCACACAAACACCCUUACCAAAAAAUGCCAGCAUUAGAUCAGCGAGAGUUGAGAGUGGAUGGGGUCAGUCAGUCCUAGUUUCAGUUCCCAACAAUAAUAUGGUCCCAGAAAGACACCCAGUUAUAUCUUCAAGUGAUGGAUCUCUAUCGCCUAAGCAGCCUGAAAGUGUGUCCUCACAAACAACUCCAAAAAAUGAGUUAAUAACAAAGAUUAGACGCUGGCUUGAAGAAAUGCCUGAAACCCUUAAACAAAAGCAUUCCUCUCAGGUGAUUCCUAGUCAUGCUAACACAAGAGCAGUUGCUGUUGUCCAACCAUUAUCACAGGAGGGUGAGAACAUCUCCACAAACAAUACAAGCAGUGACUCUUUGAUUAACCCAGAGAAAGGAUGUAUUUCACCCACUGUAGUUAGCAACAGUUGUGAGCACCAAAGACUUGACAUUGGUUUGGACACAGAACAUCCAAUCGCAAAAGAGUCCAACAAAGCGAUGCCAAAUAAAAAAAUUGUAAUGGCAAGUUCAGGACUGGAGAAACAAAAAUCAGUCCAAGAAUCAGAAAUAAGCAACAGAAAAAGUCCUCAGUGUUUAUCCAAAGAACCUAGGAGUGGAAAAAGGGCAAACGCGACACCUUCACCAGCACCUAAUGCUGAUAUUACUUCUCUCCCAACAACCACUUGGACCGCCGCAGCCUUAACGCUUUUAAUUCAAGAGACAGAAAAGUCACAGGUGAUCCCAGAAGAUUUCCCGAGUGAUUUACCACUCAAACUUAAACGUAUGUUUUUGGCUGCUGUGCACUCAAAAGUAGGUAAUGACCCCACAUUUGGUUGGAGACUAAAUUUUUGUCAAAAAAUUAGACAUUUCUGUGAUCAGCACGUCUCUCCAGAAACUGUGGUGCUGUCACAAGUGGAGGAAAAGUUUAAAGAGAAGCUUGAACAUUAUCAUGUCCUCAAGGAUGAAAUGUACUCAGAACAGCCUUACAAAUCACUCUGGUUAAAUGUCAAUGAGAAGCUCGAUGACAUUGAUAACGAAUUUGGCUUUCCCUGGGCUUUGAGGCGGCAUUUUUACGUGGAUGAGAGUGACAGCCAAAAAGAUGAGGAGAAAAUUGGGGACGAUCUUUGCAAACCGGCUAUAAAUGAAGUUCCAGAAGAAGUCCUGUCAGUGUCUGAAGUUGAUAACACAGCUGUGAAAGACCAAACAUCUUCUAUCCAGCCCCCCUCGACUCCAACAGACUCCUCAAAUGAUUCAGGGGAAGAAGAUUCCAGUGACCCAAAUUACUCAUUUCAAAUUCAGAUUUUGUCUCCCGAAAAAGCAAAGGCUUUGUAUGAAAAGGUUCAAAAGGACAAUUGCAGUACAGGUGGUCAGAAAGAGAUUGUUGAAAGGGACCAUAUGAAGACUGACACUCCCAAUCACACAGGUGCCACUUCACCAGAGCCAGAUGUAAAAAUCCUGCCAGUUAAUCCAAUUAAUCAGAUUUGCUGUCUUGGAAAAUUUAUGGAAAUUAAUUCAGGAUUAAACACUCCAUCUGUGAAAUGUCUAUGCAAGGAAAAAGAGGAAGAGGGUAAAAGUACAGGCAAGGCUGUCGCUUCUGACCCAAAGAAUCUUGAAAACAUUGUGGAAGAUGAUUGUGAAAUCAUAACAUUAAGUGAGGAACUCCCCUCUAAGUUCUACCAAAUUAUUGAUCUAACUGACGAUGACAAACCAGACCCGGCUACCAAUCAAGAGCCAAAGAUGGAGCACUGCAUGCCCAUUGACAGUCUGUCAGAUUUUGAUAUAACAAGCAGCGCAGAAGAGGACGAACCUUCUAACGAAUGUGGCUCUCUUGAGGAGAUUCCAAACUUUGUUAUUAAAUUAUCUGAAUCUGAGGAAGAAUCUGCAACAGAGGAGACCACUUCCUCGCAAAUUGUUCCCCCAAGCUCUUCUGAAGAUUGUACCAAACAAGCCGAACCUUUAAAGCUCAGCAGUCCUGCAGCUGCAGUUCCCCUCCAGACACCGGAAGAUGGGGACCAAUGUGGACAAACUUCAUCUUCCUCUGAAGAUGAGACAAGGGCAUGUGUAGAAAUUGAGAAUCAUACGGACAUUGGUCCCAAAACGAGCUCUGAGACGAUAAUCGGAUCCAGUUUUAAAAAUUUGAAACUGAAAAUGAAACAAAGAAGCCUUCGCACACUUUCCCCAUCCGUAAAGGAACCGCAAGCUUCAACCUCAGAAGAAAAAUCUGUGAAAUUUGUAUUAUUUGGCUCCGCCAACCAGGGUAGAAGGGCUUCACCUGCAAACAAAAUUAGCAAUCAUUCCUCCCCAACAAUGGUGUCCAGUGGAGCACACCAACCUCCACAAGUUCUGUCCCUAUAUGUUGAAUCUUCCCAGAAAAACUCUAAAGAAACAGCCUACAGUGGGAAGCAAUCAGUCAAGCAAUUAAUUUAUGAAAAAUGGAGUAAAAGCUUUCCAAGUUGUUAUGGACGCAAAAUGAAACGACAAAAGAGAUUUUCUGCCUCCCUAUCAAAGGGUCAAAGCAAGAACAAACGACUAACUUCCUCUGAAAUUAGAGACUCUGACGAAAAAGGAAAAGUCUCUUGGGGUCAAAAAAGAUCUCUCCCCAACGCUGUUGGGGUUAAAGGGGCUAAGAGGAGAAGAUACCGCGUCUCUCUUGAACAGACUGCUCAUCGUGAACAAAGGAAUACAGGAAAUGAAGUGGAAGAUCCCACACCUCUCCAGAAGAACAUCGUCUUGAAGUUCAGCACACUACCCAAUACCUUCAGCUUCACAGAUGGGCUCAGCGCUGGAAACGAAGGCAACAAUCAAGUUUCAGACCAAACAGAAACUGUGAAUAACAACCAGAGCCCAGGAGAUGUGGUCAAAACCAUCAAAUCCAACAAAGACCUCUGGUGUCCAUCUCCUGAUCAGCAUUCUGAGCCUCCAAAGAUUCCCAAGAACUCCAACCUCUUUGAAGAGUAUCAGAAGAAAUAUCGAGAGAAAACCAGACCUUGACCAACAAAUAAAUCCCGAAACCACCUUCAUUUUGCA